AAGAUAAAAAGAUAAAGUAGAUUAUGUUUGUCCUUAUCUAACGUAAGAAAGUCCAAAAUAAACAAGACAGCCGUGGCGAAACGGACCAUCCGAAGAAGCUCCGUCUGUUUUCUCUUUCAGCUAAUUACUUGCCACUAUUCUUCUACUUCUCUCUCUCUCUCGAGCCAAAUUUUUUGUCGUAGUAAAUUUCCAUUUUUGCCCAGCUCACCAUCUUUGAGUUUCUUCAUUGAUGGACAAAGCUUAGACUAAUCAGUAGACGAAUUUGGGGAAAAGGGCUUAAAGAAAAAGGAGCUGUCUUGGGUACUGUGAGAUAUAUAGUUGUUGUUGAAGGAACAAUCAUGACCGUUGAUGAGAAUGGCUCGUUGAAUCGGACGGAGGAUAGUUCUGCUGUUGUUGAUAAUCAGCCAAAUCAGAACGGUGUGCCACGGUCAACGAUGACUGUUAAUCAUCAGCAACCUCAGAAAACGAGUGUGCAGCAUAAGCCACAAAUGGGUGUUUUUCAGCAAAGCGGUAAUGGAGUGCUGGACCACCAUAAUCAUCAGAAAGUGAACGGUGUGGCUGAUGAGGUUGAUGGGGGUGAAGGGUUUAACGGGGAGAUGAGGGAAUUGGAAGAAAUAUUUUCGAAAUUGAACCCCCAGGCUGAGGAGUUUGUGCCUCCUUCACUCUCCAGCAACCAUGGUGUAGUGCCAAUAUCUCCAGGUGCAGAGCAAUUUGGGUUUGAUGCUUUCAAUUUUGUAAUGCAAAAUGGACUAGCCGAUGGAAAUUUCAACAGAAGGAAGAGAAAUGGCUAUGGUCUUGCUAGGAGAAGGAUGAAUGUCCGGACAAGCAUGGCCCAACGCGAAGAGGUUAUUAGGAGGACAGUUUAUGUGUCUGACAUUGAUCAUCAGGUGACUGAAGAGCAACUUGCUACACUCUUUCUUACAUGUGGGCAGGUGGUUGACUGUCGCAUAUGUGGAGAUCCCAAUUCUGUACUCCGUUUCGCCUUUAUAGAAUUUACUGAUGAAGAAGGUGCACGGAAUGCUUUGAGUCUUGCUGGAACUAUGCUUGGGUUUUACCCUGUGAAAGUGCUUCCCUCCAAAACUGCAAUUGCACCAGUUAAUCCUACAUUUCUUCCAAGGUCGGAAGAUGAAAGGGAGAUGUGUGCAAGAACUAUAUACUGUACAAACAUUGAUAAGAAGGUUACUCAAGCAGAUGUGAAGCUUUUUUUUGAGUACUUUUGUGGAGAGGUUAAGCGCUUGAGGUUGCUUGGUGACUAUCAUCAUUCUACACGUAUAGGUUUUGUUGAGUUUGUUAUGGCUGAGAGUGCCAUUGCUGCACUGAACUGCAGUGGUGCAAUCCUGGGAUCACUCCCUAUAAGAGUAAGCCCAUCAAAGACUCCUGUCCGACCACGUACUCCUCGCUCAGUGGUGCCGUAAUAUAUCACUUUGCAUUCGUCGACUGAUCUUAUAUUUGAAUACAUACGUAGAUACAAAUAUCAUUGAGUACCUCGUGGCAUUUGUUUUUUUUAGUUUAUUUGCCUUACUCAGCUGGGCAUCUCUCACCUUCUGGAUACUUGUUCUUAUGCUUGUACCGUCGGCUGGUUUGUGAGUGCUUAUGUUGAUGUAAUUUAAGUCUGGUAUAUUAUUACGUAUCUAUAGGCGGUGCGUCGAGUACCUAUACCGACUGAUGAUCUAACAGUGACAUUGAUCCAAUGAGGUCCUACAUAUUCCGCUACC